GCACGAGCGGCGCCCGGCGAGUCCCGACGGCGGCGGCUGCGGCUGUGGAGGUGACGGCGGGGCCGGGGCAGGGAGCUUUGGCGGCGGGGACAGAGCAGCCAUGAGGGCCGGGCCCAGUCACCGACAUGUGAGUGACUGCCACAUGUUAUGUUGAUGCUGGUCUGCCAUGCUAGCCUGUCUGCCUGGGCCAACUGACCUGUCUUUUCAGCUUCUCUCUCACACGCAGAUGAACACUGGACUUCAGAAAUGGGACACUACACAGAAAAUGAGAACUGCUCACUACCCCACCCCAGCCGAAUUGGAUGCGUAUGCUAAGAAGGUCGCCAACAACCCACUGACUAUAAAAAUCUUCCCCAACAGCGUAAAGGUUCCCCAGCGGAAACACAUUCGUCGUACUGUGAACGGACUUGACACGUCAACCCAGCGCUACAGCCCUUACCCAGCCCAGGCCACCGCCAAGGCCGGUCUGCUCGCCAUCGUCAAAGUGCCGGCCAAAAGCAUCGUCAAAGACUUUGACGGCUCCCGUGCCCGACUGCUCCCAGAGGCCAUCAUGAACCCCCCGUCGGCCCCGUAUGCCGCACCUAGCACUUUAACCCAUCCCCAGGCCCAGGCUCUGGCCCGCCAGCAGGCCCUACAACACGCACAGACACUGGCUCAUGCCCCACCCCAGACGCUGCCACACCCUCAGGGUAUCCCACAGUCCCAGGCACUGUCCCAUUCCCAGAGCCUCCAGCAGGGCCUGGGCCACCCUCAGCCUCUGGCCCACCCCCCAACCAUGGCUCACCAGGGCCUGCAACACCCCCCCAACCCCUUGCUGCAGCCAGGUUUGCAUGGAGGCCGGAAGAUGCCAGACGCAGACGCCCCACCGAAUGUGACCGUGUCUACCUCAACCAUUCCCCUCUCCAUGGCAGCCACUCUGCAGCAGACCCAGCCCCCGGACCUGAGCAGCAUCGUACACCAGAUCAACCAGUUUUGCCAGACGAGGGCAGGCAUCAGCACUACCUCAGUGUGUGAGGGGCAGAUCGCCAACCCCAGCCCCAUCAGCCGCAGCCUGCUUAUUAAUGCAAGCACUCGAGUGUCGACCCACAGUGUCCCUACUCCGAUGCCUUCCUGUGUGGUCAACCCCGGGGAGCACACUGUUGCCACAGCAAUGCCCACCACUGGUGCUGUCAACCUGCCUAUGGUGGGGAUCAAUCGGGCAACAGUCGGCUACCCCAGCGACCUCAAGCCAGUGGCCUGGAACCAGCACCAGUUGGCCCACUUGCAGCAAAUGUGCAGUGAGGCUGGUGGCAGCUCUGCCAGUGGCCUGGCAAGCAAGCUUCCUUCGGGGCGAGAAAUGGCAGGGCCAGGUUUUACGGGCAAGGCUCCCACUUACCAACAAGAACUUUGCAUGGGCCAGCCCUUCCACCUGAAACCACCCUUGGAGAAGCCAACCCCAUCCCCACCUGUCAAUGGCCCAGCGGCCCCCCUGGCCUACCCCAAUGGGCAUUAUUUCCAACCCCUGUGGAACAACAUUCUGCCCACACCCAACAGCGACAGCUCCGGCUCACAGGACCUCGCCAUGCCCUUCCAUGGUGGGCAGCCUACAGGUGCACCCCUCGACUGUGCUGCUGCUGGGGCCCACUAUCGUGCUGGUGCCACGGCCAGCACAGUGCCUGGCCAGAACAACUCGAUGCAAACAGUGGAUUACCUAAGUGGGGACUUCCAGCCGGCCUGCUUCCGUGAGCAGAGCCUGGCCAUGCUGAGCAAGGCCCACCGCCCCCCAGGCAGCCGGGCCCCAGAACCUACAGAUAGUCGAAAUCUUCAUAUUCAGCACCCUGGCUAUAGAUAGGUGCCAUUGCUGUUGAGACACAAAAUACACAAAACACACACACAGACGCACACACACAGACACAUAGUUUAGUCUUAAUUUGGAGUGAAUUGUUUUUAACUUUCUUAACUCCUUUGUGAUCUUUCUAAUUCACUACCCUGGGGAAGGCUGCUAUCACCUGACAGUGUGGGUCCCUUUAUCCUUCACCUUCCUGCCCACUGCCCACAGUGUCAGCUUUUCAGUUUUAGGACAUCUCAGAACAGGGUUUUCCUUGGUUUCACCACCCACCCGCCAUAAGUUUCCCCCAUACGCCUUAGCAUGUCCUGUCUUCCUCCAGAAGGCACAGUAAGCUUGGCUCUCUUGUUUUAACCUCCUGUCCUAUCUCUUCUCUUUCCAUUCUUUGCCUUCCUCCCCACCAACAUCCUCCCUACAAAAAAACCAACAACCCCUGUCUUAGAUAUUGGUGCCCACUGGGCUACAUGGGCCCCCUAGACCCAAAAUUUCUGAGCUUGGCCUCUCUCUGCUUCCCUUUCCCCUUUCAAAUGGACUAGAUUUCUUAGACCCUCAGAAAACUCUGUAACAUCUCACCCCAACUCAUGAUUCUGGUUUGACUUAAGGUCUCUACUGGGGCCUUUGGCAGGGUUAUCACCAUGCAUGGGAGGUGUUCAAAUGCUGCCUGGUAAGGACCACAAAUCUAAGACCUUCCAAAAUCUGGUCGUACCUGAUGCCCUGCCCCUGUUCCUUCUCAAGAGCAGUGGGUUGCAGAACACUCCUGAAAGAAGGAUUCGUGUCCCUCCUCAAUCACCUGACUUCUCACGCACCCAUUCUUCCCUGGGAUGAAGGAGGAUCACACUGGAGUUUGGAGUUAAAAACAAGCUCCCCCACCCCAACUACAAAAAGUAAAAUGCAUUUGGUUCUUUCUCUGUCCACUGGCUAAGACUACUGCUCUCCACUGUAAGUUUUAAUGUAAUAUUUUGUAUGAAUGUAGUGUGGGUUUGAGUAGCAUUGUGUGUGAGUGGCCCCGAGGGCACAUCUACCCCCUAGCCACCUUGUAUCACAGCCCCUCAGCUUAAAGAAGAAGGAAAAGAAAAAAAACAAACACAAAGCCUUAAGCUCUGAACUCUUUCUUUACCAAACCAACAGGAGCAUGGUUUUAGUAUCUGGAGACCUACUGAAUUUGGAAAAGACCUUCCCCUGCCCAUCAUCUUGCCCAGUGCGCGUGCUCGAGCGCGCACGCGCGCACACACACACACACACACACACACACACACACAUACAUACAUGCACGUGUGCACAGACACACACACACUGACACCUUUUGCGAUCAAGUAGCUUCUAGUUGUCUAAAGACUUAAAAUGUUUCAGUCACUGAAAACGUAGAUGACGUUCCUUUGUAACAAUUUACUCGUCUUUCCCUGCCUUUGAGUUGUAGUCACUAGUCGGUCUGUCCUUGUUUUCCUUUUCCCUCCCCUUUCUUUUCGAGUUUCUCAGUUUGGCCUCUUCUCCGUCCUGCCCCUCCCCCGCUUCCCCACUCCUGCAUCUCGGGGUCAGUGUGAGCUGGUGACGUCCUCAUUUAAGAUUGGAGGGUUUGGGUCUGCUGCCCCCUUAGUGAGCUGAGGCGAUGUGACUGAAGACUGGGUUUUUAAAUUAUGUGUUGGCGAGUUGCCUUAUAUUUAAGAAAAGAAAACAAGAAAAAAAAUGCCUGAUUGUGUUAUGCCAAAUGAUGAUAGCAACAUGAAGUCCUAAUUUAUUGUUUCUGAUUGUUCUCCUGCAGUCUGUGUGAAAACUGGUAAAGGCCCCCUCGGGGCCCACAGAAGCACUGGAGGCUUGUCUUUUGCUAUCUUUUCCAAGAUGUCUCCCUUUUCUCCCAUCUCUUCCUCCUCUUCCCUCCCUUUCUCUCCUGCUGUCCCUCUACCCCAAACUAUUCUCUGUCAAAGCCAGGUUUCAGUGUCCCCUCCCUCUCCCACAGUCUCCGUUAGGCAAGCAAGACCUUUCUAGAAAUUAAGCGAUAAACUUUGUCAACUAUCUCUUCUUCCCCUCCCUGCCAAACAACAGUGACUCUCUCCAGGCUCACCCCCAUUUAAAGAAAUCAGACUGGAACUGAUCUCUCGGGCAUUUAAAGCCACACCAUCCGACUCAAGUCCUUUUCCUGGUGUAGGGAUGCAGGGGGCUGAACCACUUGGCUCCUCCAAUGUCUAUGGAUCAUGUACUGUGAACCCCCUGGCCCCUCCUCCAGCCCCUUUUUGGGGACUGUUGAGAGAGCAGGCAAGUUUCUUCCCCCACCCCCACCCCACCAGCAAUAAGGGUCCAACAUGAGGCUGCCUCACACCCACCUUGCCCUGGCCCAGGGAGAAAUGGGCUCCGCACCCAUGUUCAUAAACUGUAGCAUUCUCUGCCUCCCUCAUCCAGCUGCCCCCUUCACUUGGGGUGAUCUAUGGGUGUGAUGGGAGGAUGAUUUAUUAUGACUAGUGAAAAUCUAGCCUUCUGACCUUGUCCUAUUUAUUUAAUGCUGUGAAUGUUUGAGGUGGAUUUUAUUUUCUGGUUAGAACACAAUUUCCAAUAUGUUGGAUUUGUAGCCAAUUCAGGAAAAGAGGUUCCCCUGGAGACCGCCCAGGCCACCUCUUUCCUUUUUGGGAGAGGUCCUCAAAUUUUCACCCCAUUAUUUUGCCUCUUCUACACAGAGAUCCCUUUUUGCCCCACAACUACUGACAGCUCCAACCACCAGGGAGCCACAGCCAGAACGGAGAGAACAGUACCCUGACGUCUGUUGCCCCCAUCUCCUACCCCCUGGCAGGGCUGUUAGGGUUUUGACUGUCACUGGGCUUCAUUUAGGGAGCAAUAUAUGACUGGCUGUUCUAGCAAACCCUGGUCAGCUUUGGGGUUCUUCAGGACAGGUGACUUUGUCAGCCCUGGGCAGGCCUCCCAGAGGCCCCGUGGGAGGGCCAGGCCUCUUUAGGUGGACCCUGUGACAGCUGCUGUAAUCUCAUGAAAACAAACCCCUUCUGGUUAUAUGAAGCUGCUUCUCAUGUGCUACGGGUAUAAACUAGAAAACCUUUUUUUUUUUUAAUUUGUCUGCAGGAAAAUAAAAAAAAUAAAAAAAAAUAGG